ACCUAAGGCGAGAGAAAGACACUUCGAGAACGCGGGAGGGAACUGAGUGAUUUGCCUCCCCGCCCCCUUCCCUGGGUGGCCGAGAGAUCGCGCUGACUGGAAGGGCGCAGCCCCUCGCCCGGCGCUCACUCAGCAGUCAGGGAGGCGAGAAAGCGGCCCCCGAGGCGGAGCCUCCGUCCUGCCCCCGGGUAUCGCUGCCCCCACCUGGGGGAGAGAGGCGGGCGCCGCGCUGCCCUCCCUCUGCGCCCCCGCCGCGUGGCUUGCGGCUUAUUUUCCCAGCUGGCAAGCGUCGCGCUGCAGACAAGGGAAUGCCUGUGGUCCUGCGUGCUCCAGAGCUCGGGGGCCCCCUGAUCCCGUCAAGCCCCCUCCAGGAUCGGAAGGGUUAAGAAUGAUGAGGAAGAAGAGGAAGCGAGGAGCGUCCCCCAGUCCAUGCCGCAGCCACGGCCACGGCCACGAACCCGACACGGCGCCCGCGCCGCCGCCCUCGCCGGAGCCCACGAGACCUGCAUGGACGGGCAUGGGCUUGAGAGCAGCACCUUCCUGCGCCGCUGCCGCCGCCUCCGCUGCCGCCGCCGGGGCUGAGCAGCGCCGCCGCCCCCAGCUCUGCCCGCCGCCCCUGGCGUUGCUGCUGCUGCUACUGCUCAGCCUCGGGCUGCUCCACGCAGGUGACUGCCAACAGCCGGCCCAAUGUCGAAUCCAGAAAUGUACCACGGACUUUGUGGCCCUGACUUCGCACCUGAACUCUGCCAUUGACGGCUUUGACUCUGAGUUUUGCAAGGCUCUGCGUGCCUAUGCUGGCUGCACCCAGCGAACUUCAAAAGCCUGCCGUGGUAACCUGGUAUACCAUUCUGCUGUGUUGGGUAUCAGUGACCUCAUGAGCCAGAGGAAUUGUUCUAAGGACGGACCCACAUCCUCUACCAACCCUGAAGUGACCCAUGACCCUUGUAACUAUCACAGCCACGCAGGAGCCAGAGAACACGGGGGAGGGGAUAUGAACCCUCCUGGUUACCUUUUUUGUGGCUUGUUCGGAGAUCCUCACCUUAGAACUUUCAAGGAUCACUUUCAGACGUGCAAAGUGGAAGGAGCCUGGCCACUCAUAGAUAAUAAUUAUCUUUCAGUUCAAGUGACGAAUGUGCCUGUGGUCCCUGGAUCCAGUGCUACUGCUACAAAUAAAAUCACCAUCAUCUUCAAAGCUCACCGGGAGUGUACAGAUCAGAAAGUGUACCAAGCUGUGACCGAUGACCUGCCGGCUGCCUUUGUGGAUGGCAGCACCAGCGGCGGGGAUGGCGACACCAAGAGCCUGCUUAUCCUGGAGAGGGAGAGCGGCCGCUACGUGGAGAUGCACGCCCGCUACAUAGGGACCACGGUCUUCGUGCGGCAGCUGGGUCGCUACCUGACGCUCGCCAUCCGCAUGCCUGAGGACCUGGCUAUGUCCUACGAGGAAAGUCAGGACCUGCAGCUGUGUGUCAACGGCUGCCCCCUGAGCGAGCGCAUCGACGACGGGCAGGGCCAGGUGUCUGCCAUCCUGGGGCACAGCGUGCCUCGCACCUCACUGGCACCGGCCUGGCCGGGCUACACACUGGAGGCUGCCAAUGCCCAGUGCCACGAGAAGAUGCCAGUGAAGGACAUCUAUUUCCAGUCCUGUGUCUUCGACCUGCUCACCACUGGUGAUGCCAACUUCACUGCCGCCGCCCACAGUGCCUUGGAGGACGUGGAGGCGCUGCACCCACGGAAGGAACGCUGGCACAUUUUCCCCAGCGGCAGCCAGGGGACGCCCCACGGACGCGGCCACUGGGCUGUCAGCCUCGGACUCCCAUGCUUGAUCUUCAUUGUGUUUUUGUAGGGGUCGUCUUUUGUGUUUUUUUGGGUUUUUCUUUUUGUCUAUAACAGAAUUUUAAAAUAUAUAUUGUCAUAAUAUAUUGAGUAAAAGAGUAUAUAUGUAUAUACCAUGUAUAUGACAGGAUGUUUGUCCUGGGGCACCCACCAGAUUGUACAUACUGUGUUUGACUGUUUUCAUGUAUGUUGGAGGUAGUGUUCUUUGAUUGUACUGAUUUUGUUUGGCAGUUUUGUGAAAUAUUUUAUAAUGUCCCUGCCUGGGGACCUGUUAGAAAGCACUUUAUUUUUUAUAUAUUAAAUAUUUAUGUGUGUACCUGGUUAGUACGUAUAGUACAUAUACACAGACACCAUAUGCAGCGUUCCCUUCGGAGAUGCCCAGUGACAGUGGUGGCAGCUGUUCCUGGCCCUUCAAUCCUGCCUUUUCCCUUGGCUACUGAUCUGCCACCCUGGGUGUGCGGCUUUCACUCGCCGCCUUCUGGGGGAAGCUGCGUCCUUCCUGUGAGCUAGGGGGUGUCUUUAGCCUCCUCCUGCCCUCCCUCGGUGUGGAGGGACAGCCCAGUCCCAUGACAGGCACUUUGGCUUUUGUGAAACAACGCACACAACGCAUCUCCAAGGAACCUCGCCCUCCUUCCCCGCUGUCACUUCCUCAGAGCGCAGGGAGAAUAUCACUACAGUUUUAACGAACUAAGAUCUUGUGAUCUGAGCACUUACCGUAUGUGGGGUUGAGCCAGACAAAACUGCUGUUCCAAUAGGCCAGAACGGUCUCGAGGUAGCAAUUUCACGGAUAAAUAAAUACCAGGCAUUUUGUUAGACCCCAGGAGCUCUCAGACUUUUCCUCACCCCAUGUCCCCGUUGUAUCUUUCACACCUUGCUUUUCUAAUUUGUGCAAGCCCACGUUCCUUGCCUUCUGGUUCUUGGUUGCUUCUGCUCAGAAGCAACCCUUGUCUGCAGCCCACCCCACCCCAGUAAACCCUCCUUAAUCUCACCUUAUGAACCCAGAGAUCAGGCUUUGUUGGAUUCUUGCUUCAUAUCCAGGCCCUGCUUCAGUCACAAAGGCCCUGCCACUCCUCCUCGCCCUCCACACCACGGUCUUCGCAACAGUCGCCAAUGUAUCUAUGCAUGGUGGGGUCUUCGCAACAGUCGCCGAUGUAUCUAUGCAUGGUGGAAUGAAUAGGGUGUUAGACGACAGGAACACUGUCCUGGCCUGAACCAGGAGGCGACUAAGUGGGUGCUGGUUAAUCCAGACAUUCUCACUAAACCAUAUUGCUCCUUGGGAGGUCUUUUUAUCAGAUAAGCUCCCUCUUAACAUCUGUAGUGAAUAUCCGUUAGUCAGUUGCUCAUUUAAUUUGGUAAAAUUCCUAUAAAGUAUCUCCUUGCCUCUUGCCUUUCACUGUUGUCAUGCUCUUGCAAAGGAAGAGCACCACCAACAAAAUUCAAGAACCAUGAGGCAGUGAGUUCUAGGGUAGGUCACUUUCUCUUGUAUGUCUGUAAAUGUUUGGUUCCAAGGAGAAAGGAGACAAUUUCUACUUUAAGUGCAAGAAGAAGGUAAUGAACUUUAAAUACCACAGCAGUUUGGAUCCAGACUUGCUCCGUUUUAGAUAACCAGAUAAUUUCUGCCUUUUGCCAUGUCCCGUUCAUUAGGCUUACUGCCAGAGGCCCCAACUGGCAGGAAAAGAGGAUUUCAGUUUGUGAAAGUCUAUUUCUUAAUGAACUGAGCUAUCCUCCGAACACAGGACGGAGCUGUGGGUUCAUCGGUAGGCGGCAAGCCUCCGCUCGUCUUCUAGUGUAUGACAGAAUCACCUGGCAAGUCUGGGAAAAAUCACAAAGGCAUCCUGCCACUUCUUUGACGAAAAUGCAACACGAGAGAACUGAAACCUACACCCGGUAAUCUUUUAUAAAACUGGACAGGGGCCCACCUGCCAUCACCUCUAAACUGGGGCUAUUUUGGUUCACCUAUGGAACCAUGUGCCAGGAUCAGAAGCUAGAGUUAGCUAGCAACUUUGUUAUGUAAUUGAAUAGAACAAAGGAGGAAAAAUAGAGUACUUAUAACCACUAUUCUUGUGCAAACAGUAUGAAAGUGAAGUAAAAGCAGUAGAACUUUCUACAGUAUCUGGCUUUAGAGUGUUUAUGGUUAAAAAACACCUUUGUCCUUUUCAGGGAAAGUGAAACCACCACCUCUACAGUUGGGGAAAGACACUUAGGCUGUGCGGCCAUAUAGAGCUGGGAAGGCCACUUAAAAGCAUUCUCUAUCACUACGAGUAUUUAUACCAGUGUAUUUGGCUAUUGCCCUUUACAGCCAGUGUUCCUGCGCAACAUUUACAAUCCCCACAGAUAACUGACAAAUACAGAUGCUUCUCUAGAGAAGGACCAGAUCAUUUUUCCGUUUCCUCUUCUAUCUAGAACUUCUAGAGAAAAUAGUACUUGUACAUUUUACUUUUUUAAAUCCUCAGCCCAGAGAGUUUCGGGUUGUAUCAACACGUGGAUAGGCUGUAGCUAUUCAGAGGUCUCUUGGGGGAGCUUAAAAUUGGGGGAGAACACUGGUUUUCACAGAUGCUCCACAUGGCUGUCUUUAAAAGACUCAAAACUUUCUUUUGUCCUUUUCUUCUCUUUGUUAUGCUUGGAAAUUCCCCCGUGUGUCGAGUCUUUGCAAAGAAACCUUUAGAUGUGGUUCAUAGGUAUAUGAAUAAGUAUCUGUGUAAAACAGUGUGUGUGCAGUGUGUAAAUACUUUAAAUUAUUAUGCUAGAAAAAUAAAGUUACAUACCAUGCUGUGGAA